CGGGGACCGUGCUCCGCAGGGCCCCUUGAAGGCCCCAUGGAGGCAGCAGCGGGCGGAGGCUGCAGCUCUGGGCCGCCGCUGCUGCUGAGCGAGGGUGAACAGCAGUGUUACUCUGAGCUCUUUGCGCGCUGCGCGGGAGCUGCAAGCGGGGGCCCGGGUCCUGGUCCCCCCGAGGCCGCCAGGGUCGCCUCGGGCGCUGCCACCGCGGCCGCUGGUCCCGUGGCUGAUCUGUUUCGGGCGUCGCAGCUGCCAGCCGAGACGCUGCACCAGAUCACAGAACUGUGUGGUGCAAAGCGGGUUGGUUAUUUCGGUCCGACACAGUUUUACAUUGCCCUGAAAUUAAUCGCUGCGGUGCAGUCUGGCCUCCCUGUGCGGAUAGAGAGUAUAAAGUGUGAAUUGCCUCUACCUCGCUUUAUGAUGUCCAAGAAUGACGGUGAGGUGCGAUUUGGGAAUCCAGCUGAACUGCAUGGAAGUAAGGUUCAGAUUCCAUAUUUAACGACAGAAAAAAAUUCCUUCAAAAGAAUGGACGAUGACGAAAAACAGCAGGAAACACAGUCUCCCACGAUGUCACCCCUCGCCUCCCCUCCUUCCUCCCCGCCUCAUUACCAGAGGGUGCCCUUGAGCCAUGGCUACAGCAAACUGCGGAGCGGCACAGAACAGAUGCAUCCAGUUCCUUAUGAAGGUAGACAGCCCCUUGUUCAGCCUGAGGGACCCUCAUCUGUGGGUCCAGGAGCCAAACCCCUUCGACAUCAGGCUUCUCUUAUCCGGUCCUUCUCAGUGGAGCGAGAACUACAAGAUAACAACAGCAGUUACCCAGAUGAGCCCUGGAGGAUAACCGAAGAACAGCGGGAAUACUAUGUCAACCAGUUCCGGUCCCUCCAGCCGGACCCCAGUUCCUUCAUCUCAGGCUCUGUGGCCAAGAACUUCUUCACCAAGUCGAAGCUUUCCAUUCCAGAACUCUCUUAUAUAUGGGAACUUAGUGAUGCUGACUGUGACGGAGCCCUGACCCUGCCUGAGUUCUGUGCUGCAUUUCAUCUCAUUGUGGCCCGGAAGAACGGCUACCCACUACCCGAGGGCCUUCCUCCAACUCUGCAACCAGAGUACCUGCAAGCAGCUUUUCCUAAACCCAAGUGGGAGUGUGCAUUAUUUGAUUCUUACUCUGAGUCAGUGCCGAUAAGCCAACAAGCCCGUGACCUGAAUCGGAUGGAGAAGACAUCUGUUAAAGACAUGACUGAUUUUCCCGUUCCUACCCAAGACAUGACUGGUGAUGACAAACAAGCUUUGAAAAGUACUCUCAAUGAAGCCUUACCAAAGGAUGUGCCUGAGGAUCCAGCAACUCCUAAGGAUUCCAACAGUCUCAAAGCAAGACCAAGAUCCAGAUCUUACUCUAGCACCUCCAUAGAAGAGGCUAUGAAAAGGGGCGAGGACCCUCCCACCCCGCCACCACGGCCACAGAAAACCCAUUCCAGAGCCUCCUCCUUGGAUCUGAAUAAAGUCUUCCAGCCCAGUGUGCCAGCUACUAAGUCAGGAUUGUUGCCUCCACCACCUGCGCUUCCUCCGAGACCUUGCCCAUCACAGUCUGAACAAGUGUCUGAGGCUGAAGUGCCCUCACAGCUGAACAGAGCCUCUUCCCAGGCUGCAGAAAGUAGUCCAGCCAAGAAGGAUGUACCAUAUUCCCAGCCUCCAUCAAAGCCCAUUCGUAGAAAGUUCAGACCUGAAAAUCAAUCUGCUGAAAACCAAGAGCCUUCUACUGCUGUAGGUGGGCCAGCUCCUGGAGCAUCUGUGAAACCCCAUCCGACAGUCCAAAAGCAGUCUUCCAAACAGAAGAAGGCUAUUCAAACUGCUAUCCGCAAAAAUAAAGAGGCAAAUGCAGUGCUGGCCCGAUUGAACAGUGAACUCCAACAGCAGCUUAAGGAAGUUCAUCAAGAGCGGAUUGCAUUGGAAAACCAGUUGGAACAACUUCGUCCAGUCACUGUGUUGUGAGCCCCAAGGUUCAAGUGACAGUGCGUGACCUUGUCUGCCAAGAUCUUUCCUUUAAUGUUUGAGCCCAACUACUUGUCAUAGAUGUUUGACUAUGUCAAAAGCUGUGAGCAGCAAAGUAUAAUCCAUACAACAUUUUCUCUUGCAGUUCACUUGUAUGUUUUAUUGUGGGAAAAAAUACUUCAACUGAUUAUCACACCUGAAAUUGUGAUUAUCAACAGACCUUUAUCUCUCAUUCUUAAGUACUUCCUCCAGGUAUUAGAUGCUGCUCCUUACCAAAAAUCCUUCUUCUAGCAAAUAAUUUAGAGCAUUAUUUAUUUAAAGAAUUUAUGAUUUGUAUAAAACCUUAUAACCAAGUACUUUCAGGAUGCUUGUUUUAUUUUUGUAUGUAUGUCACAUACAUAGGUUGCUUUCCUGAAUACUUGGGAUUCCAACUGGAUAGUCUUUGGCAUGAUGAUAAUAAAAACAAAAGCUAAAAUAAAACGAGAACAUCAUAUUUAGGCUGGCAUUGUGCCCUCCACCACUAUAUGCCAAAAAUUGCAUCUCUAGUGCCAUUUUGAUGUUAUAUCUAGCUAUAAAUAAUACAUGACUAUUGUUUUCUAUUGAAUGUCAAAGACUUAUUGGGUCUUUCCACCCUAUGAAGUAGAGAUUUUGGCAAUGAGCUAUUUAACUUGGCCAAUCUGGGCUAUCAACCCAGAUAACUCAGUCCUUUGAUGUAAAUUUUUGGGCAAGAACAAUUUGCUUUAACUGCCUUGCCUGAUCAAAUUAAAUAAAUAGUUGCCAGAUCUCUACUUUUAUCCUGCAUGGGAUAACAUAUCUGUAAAUGCAUGAGUUUGGAAACCACCCAUCAAAUAUGAAAAGCUAGAUUGAUAAACAUUUGUUGUUUGAACUCGGGUAUCUAGACUGGGGAGGAAAGGGAAAUGGUUACCAACAAUCCAAAAAUCUCUUUUUGCCUUUAUUUUAAUCUGGAUUGAGAGUGUGUUGGGUAUAAAGAAAUAAUGAAAGAAAGUGGUGCUCACACUGGACAUAUGACUAUUUUGUUUUCUGUGAGGUGUACCCUUGGGAAGUAAUUGGCUUGUAUACAGCUCAGAGGAGCUCAGCCAACUCCAGUACAGGUAAUGUAAAAUAAGCUCAAAUCACAGAAGUCAGUAUCCUUUAGAACUUUAGGUAGCUGCUGUUUCAGCUGAACACCCAAGCUGAAAGCGAGAAUUGACUGACCCACAGGGUCACAGACUCACUGAUCUUCACAAGGCAUGCCAACUUUAACAUUGCUUUAACAUUGCUCUGAGAGACUUACAGCAGGACAUACUGUCUUUUCUGCAUUUUGCUAAUGUGCCCAUUCUUUGGGGAGUGCCGGUCCUUUUUGAAAUUGUUUGGGAUAAGUGUGGAAUACAUGGGAUUAAGCUGCUGGUUUCAAUAGAACUGAGAGCUUUUAGGAAAAGUAGGCAUUCAUUUAAUGCUUCCUCGUUCCCCUGGCAAGCUUUCUCAAUAGCUUAACAGCAACAGAGAAAGGCUCAAACAGAUGAUGUUUGCCCAAAGAAAAACAAAUUAUUGAAUCUAUUCCAUGCAUGUUUAAAUAUUUUGAAUUGAUUUGAUUUUGAAAAUCAUGAAACUUGAACUAUUUCUCUAUUUCCAUUUCCUCCCCUUUGGCUGCCUUUUUUGUUGUGAAGAAGGGUUCAGAGUGAGUUUUAAAUCCUUCCUAAGAUUGUGACUAGGUCAGUGCAAAUUGUAGGUAACUUUUUUCCUAUACAUUGUGAUUUGGGAGCUGCAACAAAUUUUAUCAACAAAUUUUAUCAGUGUUCUUAUUGCAGAUGUUUCAUAGCAUGUUUGGCUUUUGGUACAUUCCAUCCAGGAAGGACUAGUGUAUGCACUUUAUCUCAUAAUCUUCCAGUACAUAUGCACUCGCUCGGGAUAGCACUUCAUAUCCACCAGCCAGACAUAUAAACGAAGGAAUGUUAGUCUAAACUAUGCAUUUAAAAAAUACUGACAUGCUGUCUUCCCCCAUGAAGUCAAUGACAAAAAGAGCCAAAUAAGGAGGCUGGGGUUUUGUUUAGUUGGCUUGGUUUUCAUUAAAGGGAAAAAACUUGCAUUGGACAAUCAAAGCUCUCCAAGAUUCGUAGUCUUUUCUUAUGUAUAUGCUGGGAUCAAACCCAGGGCUUCAUGCGUGCUAGGCAAGUGCUCUACCACUGAGCCACAUUCUCAGCUCAACAGCAGUAUUUUAAGAUAGGCAUUGCAUUAAAGCACACACCAGUAAAUGUACACCCAGCCUUCUUACCUGGACUUAAUUUUGUCCAUGGUUUAUUAGUUGCUUAGAAGUGGAUGUUUUAAAAAAAUUAAAUAUUUGUUUGUGUAUAUACAUACAGACAUAUACAUACUACUCUUAUUGUUAUCUAACUAUUGCUCAUCCUCAAUUUCUCUGUUUCCUUACGAUGUGUACCUUUAAUUUAGGAUUAUAAUGUCUGAUAAUGUUUCUGUGAGCCUUUAAUAUGAUUUAUAAGAAGGCUGGCUUAUUGAAAUCACCAUUAUACCUCUUUAAUAAAACUACUCCAAAAUUAGACUUGCUCUUUAGUAGAAUUCUACAAAUAGAAAGUUAAUGUUGUCUCCAUUUAUGGGUAUUUAAUUACCUUGUUCAUUGGUCUUCUCCUACAGACAUCCUGCAGUCACAUAAACAAAAGCAUAGUAGGAGCCAAUAGUGGACAUAUUGGGGCCCUCAGUAUCUCUUGUAUGUGGUAUAUUCCUUUUGCCACCUCUUUGACAGGCGUGAAGCAAAAUCAAGUAGUAGACAUCUGGACUGGAUAUGUGUGUUGUGUUCAGGGCAGAUAUUUGCCUUAGUUGGAAGGAUCUAAUGAAUGGCUUUAAAAAUAGUAGCGAUAGGAGGGAGCUUAGUUGGAAGCCGUGCCCAUUUUCUUGUCGGUGAAGAACAGGAUGUCAGGACUGGGUAGUACUGGUGCUCGUCUCCUAUAGUUCAUAUGUGGAAAAACCGAGGUCCUAUCAAUCAGCAGUUCCUGUCAAGAAUCCAUAGAAAGAGGUAGCUAAUGAAAGAGUUCAGUUACCAGCCUGAGUUUAUAGUUCCAAUUUGGGCCCUCGGUUCUCUGUCAACACUAAAAGUAGAUUACAAGAUUUUCUUUCUGUUUACCUUGUUGAAUUUUAUUGACUUAACUAAUUAGUCUUUAAAUAUGAAAACAUGUUUUAAGUUUUAGAUCUAGAAAUUUCUCUUGGUUUGAAAAGUAAAAUCUGAAGGGAAAGAAUAUUAUUGAACUAUUUGUUCUUCUGAACGCCUCACCUUUCAUGAUGCAAUAAGUUAUUCUGAAUUUCUUGGCAGAACUUUUGACAGCUGUUGCUUUGAGUAGAUUCCAUUCCCAUAUUCCUUAUGGGAGUUUGUUUUUAAAAUAGACUACUGUGAUUGAAAUGAACUCAAUAUGUAGUAAGUUAUAGUUUUCUUCAAUAUAUCUUUAGUUACUUGGGUCACAAAUGUUUAAUUUCAGCAUAUUUUAGGGUGAGUAAUCAAAAGCAUGUAUUUUCCUUUGAUUUCCUACCAAAAUCUGAACUAUCAUAAAAUUUUUUUCUUUAUAUGUGCUUGUACAGCCUGUUUGUAGAUGUUUGUUUCUUAAAUGAUCUCAUAAGCACAGUAAUAAUAGAUGUGUAAUCAGAGGUCAAGAAGGUAAUAUUUUGAAUAGAUGUAUUUCUUGCAGCUAAGAUAGGCAUUUGUGAAUGUCUUCUUCUAAGCAGUAGUUGGAAACAUCUCAAUUACACUAUUAACACCUUUGAGCUAACAACAUUUGUUCAACACAAACUAGAAUCACACCUUCUAACUAGAUAUCAUCAAGGGAUUGUGAUAUUAAAAAUAGAAAAUCAAGAAGUUAACAUCUUGUAGCAAACAGCUCUUCCCAUAUUAUUGACAGGCAGGCUCGUUAGGUUGUGGUUUAAGCACUGUUAAUGUGAGCACAAUGAUAUUGCAGUUGAGAGGUCAUUUCUGCUCUAGUCAAACAGAAAACUAAUAACGUUAGUUUCUCUGACUGGUUUACUGUUUUAGAUAUGUUCUUUUAAAAUUGAUUUCAAAGGGUCAGUUGAAUUUAUACUUUAGUUACUUUUUUUUUUUUUUUACAUCAUGACUCAGUGUGGUUCAAAUUCCUAGUAAAAAUGGGGAUUUAGGUUUUGGGAGUGCUCACGUCUUCUUCAGUGCUGGCAAAAGGCAACUACCUACCAAUAUGGCCAGAUCAGACACUGUUAGCAAUUUCAAUGACUGUUACUCUAUAGGCCAUCAUCUUUGCUUAUUUCUGGGGAGAAGUGCCUCUAGUUAUGUGAACCUCUCAAGAGUAACUCUGGGAGCAGCAGACAACAGAGGGACAGACCUUAAAAGCAAUGCAAGCCCAUUCUAAGAGCUGCUGCCCACCCUUCAAUCAGACUUUUGAAGACUGUCUUACAAAUAAGACCUGAAGCAGCCAGUGUGUUAAUGUGAGCAAGACAGCCCAAGUGCACAGUUGCUUUUAAGCUUGUACAUAGUUAUUUCCUAUGUUUACUAACACACUGGGUGGUAAAGGAACCUUUUCUAAGCAGUACUGUAAGGUUUGAAUUGACAGGGCUUGUUCUAGGUUACAGAAGCCUUUGUUUGCUGUCAGUAAUUGAGGAGUGCUUAGUUUUCAUAUCACGAACCCUCCUAUCUUGCCUCAGUCUAGUUUCAUGGUUGUGGAGGUUGGAGAAAGUAGGUUUACGACUUUGAAGACCAGAGGAUAGCAGACUUUAAGAGAGCUUAAACUGGAAUUUGGCAACUACAAUAAAGAAACUUCAGGCACCAGUUCCAUCCUCAGGCACUGUGUGGAAUAACAGGACUAGGUCGUAAACUCCUUCAGGGAGCUCUGCCCUGAGAUGGAAUUCAACAGUCAUGUCGUAUGCAGGUUGGAUCAACUAAGUUAUGUUAUUUUUGUUUUAAGUCAACUUGUGUGACAGUUUCAACUGCACACAUUUUGAGAGCCAGGUAUACACUCUUCGUUAGCACUGCCAUCCUUUUCGUCUUCAGCACAAAUAAGAUUAAGUGAGCCAGAGGCAAAAAGAGCCAUUUUAGUCUACAUAGCUAUUGGCCAAGAGAGAUAAUGAACUGAUGGUCUAUUUUAACCUUGAAAGUAAAAAUGUAUAUUUUUUCACUACAGGUACAUUGAACAGUAAAAAGUGUAACAGCAAAGUAUAUAUUUGAUGCCUUCUGUCUUUUCAUGAUACUGUACUACCAAGUUGUGUUAGUGUUUUACUCAGCUAGAGUCUCAUUUGUUUGCUAAAAGCAUUAGGAACAUUAUGCAUAUUGACCUUAAACAUAAGUCCCCGAGAGUGUCCUAUGUUUGCAUUGUGACUUGUAGACUCAAGCUAACUCUACUGCCUCUUUUUCACAUUUGUUGAAAAAUCUAUGAAGAACAUAGUAAAUUAAGAAUCUCAAACUUUGGGAAAUGUACAUGAUGUGAAACUGGGGUGCUAUGUUAAAAAUAAAUGUAUGAUAAAUAAACGGC